AUGCCGCCCGGCCAGGGCACCGGCAAAAAGGGUGGCAGCAACCUGUCGCGCCAGCGGUCGCGCAACACCACCCCGUCCAGCGUCGCCGCCCCGCCCCCAGUCGCUGCCACGGCGAGCUUGCCCGAGAUCACCACAAUCGACCUGCAGUACCUCGACCUCAAGUUCGAAGUCUUUGACAACCUCACAUACGAUGACCUCGUCGACGCCGGCUCGGGCACGGGCUCGACGCUGCCCGACUCCAGGUCGCUGGACGGCAUCAUCUCGCGCCUGAAGCGGCUGCAGGGCAUUGCCGACGAUCGCGGCAGCAGCUACGACCGGGGCAUGCGGCUGCUGUCGCAGAGCCGCCGCGCGCGCAUGGACCAGGUGGCCGCCGACCGCAGCCGCGAGGAGGAGCGCAUCCAGCGCGAGGCCACCGACGAGGACCACCAGCGGCGCGCCAACAAGAAGAAGCGCAAGGCGCCCUCGGGCGACGGCCAGUCGCAAGACGCCGCAUCCGCAUCCGCAUCUGCAUCCCACGGCACGCCGGGCACCAUGGACGUCGACGACAAGGACAAGGCCUCCAGAGACAAAGACGGCAAGUCGGCGCCGGGCGACGACAAGGACAAGGCCAACGCGUCCGCGUCCGAGUCCGAGUCGUCCGACGACGAGGGUGCGCCGCCGCCGCGACCCGUGCCCCAGAACCAGACGUUUGGCGAGGAUCCCUCGACGUUCCCCGACCCGACCGUCUACGAGAUUCGCCCCGUCACCCCCGGCAUGUCCGUGGACGAGAUCAAGGAGAUUUACUCGGUUGCCUCGUAUCCGCCGUCGGACCUCGCCGACCUGAUUGCGGGCAACCCCCCCGACAAGGACUUUAGUAGCGCCAAGCCGUCGAACCAAAUCAACUUUUCCACCUUCUCCACCUACAUCGAGCCCUACUUCCGCCCCUUUACCGAAGAGGACCUGGCCUUUCUGCGCGAGCGCGGCAACCGCCUGUCGCCCUUUACCAUGCCCAAGCGCGGCAAGCGCCACUACACCGAGAUUUGGGCCGAGGAGGACGGCGCCAUGGCCAUCGACUCGACGCCGCCCGCCUCCGCCAGCACACACGACAAGCAGCUGCCGCCCAACCAGCCGCGCGGCUCCAUCGAGACCAUGAACGACGACAUUGGCGAGACCGACAAGCUGUCCGUCGGCCCCCUGCUGGCGCGCCUGAUGCAGGCCAUGCGGCCCGAGCACCGCGCGCCCGACGCCGGCGGCGCCGGUGGCGGCGGCGACACGUCCAUGAACGGCGACGUCAGCAUGAAUGGCGACCUCAACGACGGACCGGGCGGCGGCGCCGACGGCGACCGCUCGUGGCCGCCCGCCACCUUUAUGCCCGAAUCGUCGUCCGAGUCCUGGAAGAAGACGACCCACCCCAAGCUCGAGUACAGCCAGGUCGACGAGCGCAUCAAGCAGGAGCUGCGCCACAUUGGCUUCCUGCCCUUCCCGACCCGUCGUCGUCGUCGGCGUCCGCCGCCGCCGCCAACGGCGUCGCACACGGGAGCAGUGCCAAUGGCGCCCAACGGCGCGAACGGCAGCGCCGCCGGUGCGGCCAGCGGCAGCAACAUUAAUGGCGCCGCCGCCGCUGCCGCCGCCACCACGGGUGGCGACGUCGACCCGGCGCUCGCCGCCGACUACAACGGCCACUUUGACGACGAAAUCGCCGCCCGCCUGCGCCGCCUGCAGGCCGGCCUGCGCGAGCAGAUGCUCAUCAACGGCGCCCGCAAGGCCCGCUUGGCCGACCUCGUCAAGGAGCGCAUGGCCUACCAAGAGUACCAGACCAUCCUGGAAGACCUCGACGGCCAGGUCCAGGGCGCCUACCUGAAGCGCACGCGCACCAUGGGCAAGUCCAAGAAGGGCAAGCGCCCGGGUGGCGGUGCCGCCGCUGGUGCGGGCGCGGCCGGCGCGGCCGGGGCCGGUGCGGCCGGCAUGGCCCGGCCUGGCAUUGGCGAUAUGACCCGGACGCUCAUGGAGCGCCGCAAGCGGUGGAUGGAGAACAUUGGCACCGUUUUUGACGACGAGCGGCUGCAGCGCGUGCCGCGGUCCAAGGAUCCCAACAGCAGCAUCUUCCAGCCCAGCGAGAUGGCCGGCCUGCUCAAGAGGGAAAAGGCGGCCUGGGACGAGGAGGUCGACGAAGAGUGA